CAUGGUGACGUAACGUGAGAGUAUUAUGGGCUGUGCACCGCGCCGCAGGGAAUUCCAACAUUGGAGGUCGUCAGCACGCAGCAGCUUUAUCUGCCGAAACAUGGAGCUGUCGGCUGUAGGGGAACGAGUUUUCGCCGCCGAAUGCCUGGUCAGAAAAAGGAUCCGAAAGGGUAAAGCCGAGUACAUGGUGAAAUGGAAGGGGUGGUCGCCCAAGUACAACACCUGGGAGCCGGAGGAGAAUAUUCUGGACCCCAGACUUCUCGCAGCCUUCGAAAAUAGCUUACGUGAAAGGGAGGUGGGUGGCCACAAGAGAGGUCCCAAGCCGAAAAAACUUCGUCUACAGGGAUUUCUAGGAGACGCUUCUGUGGCGCUCCCCGAACCUAACUCGGAAGGGUACGCGGAGCAGGAGGACCCUGGCGGCCAUGUUAGAACUGAGGAGGAGGAAGCACCAGGCGGCAGUCCAGACCAAGAGACGUCCCAAUCGAACGGGCUGGUUUCGUCCCGUCCUGCCGCUUCUCCGCCGAGUGAAGACGACCAAGUCCCGAGCCCGGCAGGGAUGUCUUCCGGGGAAGACCAGCCGAGCCCGGGCGGGCAGCAGAUCGCAGGCAGUCCGGGGAGAAGCCCGACUCCCGCCCGGCCUCCCUGGGAAAGGGAAACCCAACACAAAGGUCACUUCGGAGGGGCAACUAAAUCGCCUGGUGACGAGAUCUCGCUGCCAAGCCGGAGUCCCGCCGCACCACUAAAUCACACCAAGGCCUCGGAGCGACCGGCCCCGCUUCUCAAGGUAAAAUCCAAGACGCACAAAGCCAAGAAACGGUCUAAAGACAAGCCCAAGGAUCUGUCCGUCCGUCGGCGUGUGGGCCGACCAAAGGGGAAAAGCAAGAAACACAGCCAUGCCGUCACCGCCCCCACCCCUCCCACUCUGUCCCCCAUCUCUCCACCCCACAAGCCUUCCUCACCGCCAAACAAACCACAAAAAGACUCGUCCAAACGUAAGCAGCCCGUCUUCGAAAUAUGGAACCCAUUUGAGGACACGGGCAGUCGAAAACAAACCGUGGUGGAGAACUCCUCGGCUAAGCCGCGUACCAUCUCGAGUGGUGUGCCCAAGCCCAAGCCCCGUUCCGCCCAGGCCGCGGGCUGGCAGCCUCCUAACGCCCUGAUGAACCAGGUUCUCAUCACAGACGUCACGACCGGGAUGGUCACAGUCACCGUCAGAGAGUGUUUCACCGAUAAAGGCUUCUUCAAGAACAGAGGAACGUGAGCUGCAUGGCGUCCUUCCUCUCCAACUUGUCAUCUAAGACUAACGGUACUGAGAAGACAAAAACAUGGACAGGGCCAGCGUGCCAUAUUGAACAUCGCUGAGAUCGAGACAAGCUUGUACGUGUAGCUCUCAAGAGAGAUGGGCAAGAAGAGACAGCACUUCUAGACAGCGGAAACUUCUUUCCCUGAACGUUUAACUUAGACUAAAGCCUGACUAACUGUUAAAAGAUCACAGCUUGUUCACAGUAAAGUGACUGUGAAUCAGCCAUGCCCGGAUUUGCAAACUUGGCGACGAAAAAAAAAUGGCCAGUGUAAUAGAUCAAUGUAUUUUUCCACAGACAUGCCUGUACCAUAGCAUAGGUUCAAAUGUACGGGAUCAACCACGUAUUGUCUAUACUUUUAAAACCCAUUAAGUUUAACGUUACCACAGUGUCAUAUUAUUACCUUAUUGUCAGUACAUGAUGUGCAACUUUUUUCUAUGUAUAGAAAAAAGUAACAACUUACCUGGAUACGGCCCAAAGUACAUUCGUAACACAAUGUAUUGAUUUAUAUACAUAAUUGUUUCUGAUGUAAUAGUUCUUAGAAUGACUUACAUUAUUUUCGAAGUAACUUAUGCGGCUGUUUCGCACGUGUAUAUGCAAGUGACAUGUAUAUUUUCGUCCAUGUUGUCAAGAAAAACAAGCGGUGAAAGAAAUGUAUCCCCCAUUCUAUGGUCAAUGGGAUUAACUGAUAAUACAUUUGUUUUGUAUUAUGCAAUACGUCACUUUACAAUGUGAACUAUCACAGAAUGAACAAACAUUAAUCCUUGUCAAGAAAUAAUUUGUUAGAGAUGUAUGUCUAUGGUGUAACUUCAUAACGGAUUAAUUUUACAAAUUGUGUCAAUGUGUACAGAUGAUUGUAUGUGGCCAGUAUUGCACACACAGGUGUAAAUACCAAGCUAAUUUAGUUUAGUGCACAGGACUUAGUUCUGAACUAUUUAUUGUACUGUCCAACGGGCAGUAAGUAGGUUGCCACGAAUCUCAAACAUCGCGUGGUUUAGACACAGUGAAUGUACACGUUGUGUAACGUGAGUGGAAGGGUUUGUGUAGAGAUUAAUCUGAGUGUUUUGUUUAGGAAAGACUCGCUGUGAGCUGGAAAUGAAUACAAGGUGUCAUACCCCGGAGGGUGCUUACCCGCUUUGACCGACAACACAGCAUUAAAUGCUUUGAACUUGCGAAAGA